CCCCAUGGAUCCAAACAUCCAGGGGUCCUUCCUGUUCAACAACAGCCUGAACCAAUUCCCCUCGGACCUCAAGGCCCCCGUGUGCCAGUACUCAGUGCCCAACUCUUUCUACAAGCUCAACCCGGGCCUCAACAGCCAGCUGCAGGCAGGGACCCCUCACGGCAUCAGCGACAUCCUGAGCCGCUCCAUGGUGGGGAUGGGCUCCACAGGCACCACCACCCUGCUGUCCGGAUACUCUACCAUGGGAGGUUUCGGCCCCUCCGUCACCAGCACGUCCAUGUACUAUAACCGAGACUACAACUCCAACCUGGGCGGCUUCUCCAAGCCCGGCGCCGAGUGCCCCAUGAAGGGCCGCAGUGUGAGCUGCUGGGCGGAGAGCGGCUGUGACUGGAGAGGAGGGAGGCAGCAGUGCACCAACAGCAGUGGUCCUCUGGGCGAGAUGUCAGGCAGGAAGAAACACACCAGACCAACCUUUAGCGGCCAUCAGAUAUUUGCUCUGGAGAAAACGUUCGAGCAGACAAAGUACUUGGCCGGGCCUGAGAGAGCGAGGCUGGCUUAUUCUCUGGGCAUGACUGAAUCACAAGUGAAGGUGUGGUUCCAGAACAGACGCACCAAGUGGAGGAAGAAGAGCGCCUCGGAGCCGAGCUCCACGCAGACCAGCCACGCGGGGCAGAGCGGGGAGGCCUCGGAGAACGAGGUGGAGGACGAGGAGUACAACAAGCCCCUGGACCCCGACUCUGACGACGACAAGAUACGGCUGCUGCUGCGCAAACACCGCAGGGCUUUCUCCGUCCUGCGCCUCGGGCCGCACCACGUCUGACACGCGUCACGCACACGCGCGCGUGCACACACACACACACGCACACGGGCUUCUCUGCAGACCUGCAUGCUGUAAUAAAAGUCACUAGUUUUGAAUACAAAGUUUGAUGAAUGAGCAUUUACGCAUGUUCAGAAAAGGUCACUAACAGACAUCUGGAGCAUCAGAGGGUUCAAUAACAGACCAACAGGCUGUAAAAUGAAGCUAAAACACGUUUACUUUUCCAAGUUACUGUAAGAACUGAUCUCCGGCCUGUUACAUGUUGCACUGGUAUGUCUGGAGGUUGUGUCGCAC